AUGGAGUCCCUAGGAGGACUUGCUGACGACAAGCAAUCGACAUCGGCGCAGGAUGAGGAGAACAGCGACACAUUAAAAUAUCAACUGCUGGGACCCUCUUUAACCAAAGCGGGACAAGAUGCCGUUGAUCAGCAAAAGGUUUCUGAAAUCAUCUAUGAAGCAUCAAAGGGCUCUAAGUUCUUCAACCACGAGCAAGAAAGAGAUCGAAACUUAACGGUUAAGAUCGAGCGCAUCCGGAAGGCAAAAGCUCGGCUGGAGAGCUUGGAUCUCACCCAUGACCUCCGUCGGGCAGAUGAAUACCUUGCCGAGUUAGAGUCAACUCGGGACUUGUCACAAUAUGUAAUACAUGUUGAUUGUGAUGCAUUUUUUGCUGCCGUCGAAGAACUAGACCGGCCGGAAUUGAGGACAGUUCCCAUGGCUGUUGGUAAAGGCGUCUUGACGACUUGUAAUUACUUGGCGAGGAAAUUCGGUGUGCGCAGUGGCAUGGCAUCCUUCGUUGCUAUGAAACUCUGUCCACAGCUAGUACUUCUUCCCCAAAACCAUGAGAAAUACACAGCUAAGGCUAAGGAAAUUCGCGCGAUCAUGGCAGAAUAUGAUCCCCUUUUUGAAAGUGCCAGUAUCGAUGAAGCCUACCUUAAUAUCACCUCCUACUGCACUGAGAAUGAUAUGGGCCCCGAAGAAGUUGUUCAACGGAUGCGCGAGGAAAUCCUAGAAACCACAAAAAUUUCGGUGUCGGCCGGCAUUGCUGUGAAUGCAAAGAUUGCGAAGAUUGCAUCUAAUCAAAAUAAGCCGAACGGUCAGUUUCGAGUGGCCAAUGACCGGGUUGCAAUCAUGGAAUUCAUGCGAGAGCUACCUGUGCGGAAAGUUAAUGGUGUAGGCCGCGUGUUUGAACGAGAACUAGGCUCCAUUGGCGUUGAAAAAUGUGGCGAUAUCUACCCACAGCGGGCAUUUCUAACCAAGUUGUUCGGUGAAAAAGCGUUUCAGUUUCUGGCACAAUGCUACUUAGGCCUUGGGAGGACGAAAAUCGAGCCGGUUGAGACCUACGAGCGGAAAAGCGUGGGUACGGAGACUACAUUUAAUGAGAUAGGCGACAAAGAUGAGAUACGCGCUCAAUUACAGUGGGUAGCGCAAGAAUUAGAACAGGACAUGUCUCGCACGCAGUUCAAGGGUCGAACGCUCGUUCUCAAAGUGAAAUUGCAUACGUUUGAAGUGUUGACCCGCCAAACAUCUCCACCGAGGGCUGUUUCUCUGGCCAAGGAUCUCUAUACUUUCGCACUUCCCAUGCUCACUAAACUGGAAAAGGAUAUUCCCGGAAUGAAGCUGCGACUGCUCGGCCUGCGUUGCACGAAUCUCGUCAGCACAAAGAAAGCUGGUAUCAACUUCUUUGGUAUAUCGGCUGUGCAGCCGGAAGCAAUAUCAACUGCGAAACCACAUACGACUGCUGCUGAUCAUGAAAUUGGGGCAGAGGAAGCAUUUGAGACUGCUGCUCGCCAGGAGAUCCAAGACGAAAUGAACGACUUAGAACAGCUCAGUCAGGAGGCCGGGAAUGCCAACGAUGUCGCCGAGACAGAUGAAUCAAAUGAUACCAAACAGGCUCAGUGGGAAUGUCCUAUUUGCUGCCGAGCUCAGCUAGCCGAUGACCGCAUCUUUAACGAUCAUGUGGAUUUCUGUCUUUCUAGGCAGACAAUACGCCAAGUCGCCCAAGACACACGAGAGACCCCAGCACAAACACCCGCGCCUUUCAACCGCAAGCGUAAAACAACAUCACAAACUUCUUCUACCUUCGAAGCUGAUCCGCGACAAAAGCGUCUCUUCUUUCAAUGA